AGCACGUCUGGAAUUACUAUCCACCCAGUGAUCUGUCACUUUUAUAUAGAUACACAAGGGAGUGGAGCGGUUUCCAUAGAGAGGGAGGAUCACAGCCCACUUAGGAACAAUACCGGAGGAGAAGGAGCCCCGACCCCAGAGCAGGCAGAAGUUCCAGGGAUGUGCCUGGGGCAGAUCUCCUGGCCCUGAAGCUGCACCCACCACCCUGAGAGCUUCACCCACUCCAGAGUGAAGUCCACUCACAGGGAGAGAUGUUGGUGCCAGCUCACUUCCUGCUUCUCCUGCUGCUGCUCCUGGGGGACCCGGGGGCCGGCCUCUCCUAUAAGUUCUACAGAGCCAGGCCCGUCUUCAACUGCCUCAGUACAGCACGAGCUGAGGUCAAGCAGAGCCAGUGGGAGGACAUGGCCCCGCUGAGCAAGAGGAGCUUCCACUACCUGCCCAGUCAAGACCCGUCUUCAGGAGAAGAGAAGGAGGAGGAGGAGGAAAAGCAGGACAAGGACAAAAGGACUUUCCCAGGCUCUGGGGGUGGGGGUGGAGCUGGAAACACCCGGUACAAAUACCUGUCCCAAACCCAGCACAAGGGGAAGCUGUACCAGGACAAGACCAAGAGCGACCGGCGCACCAAGUUCACCCUGUCCCUGGAUGUUCCCACCAACAUCAUGAACAUCCUCUUCGACAUCGCCAAGGCCAAAAACUUGCGGGCCAAGGCAGCUGCCAAUGCCCACCUGAUGGCGCAGAUUGGGCGGAAAAAGUAGCAGAAGAGGCUGGACAGGACGGCAGCACACCAGGCACAGAGGUGGGGGACAGGGACACUGGAGGCUUGUAUUUCACAGGCUGCUUCAUUGCUGAGCCCCUCUGAUCCUUCCUGCUGCCAACCCAGUCUCCCUUCUCCUCUGUACAUAAGCACAGAAGUGCAGUAUUGUCUAACCUUCUCAGAUGUCGGAGGUUAAAGUCUCCCCUGUACUCUGUCUCCUUUCUCCUUCCCCAUGGCAAGAGGCACAGCUCUCCCACUCCUCUCCAAGCUCCUCCCUGUUGACCCCAGGCCUGAGGAGAGAGCAUCCCAGGCUCCUCUCCCGCCCCCACAUCAACCCUGCCACAGCAGAGACCAGGAGAUGCACUGUCCACCUUCCUUACUUUCUCACCCCAUUAAAACCAGUGGCUUCUUGAA